CGCUUUCUCUUCCAAACGUUGCCACGGGCCUCGAUUACUCUAGCGAUGCACGGCUCAGCCCAGCUUUUGCCUGUUGUGAACAAGCGCAAGAAUAAGACGCUAUUGCUCCUGUGUCUCAGCUCGAGGUGGCUGACUCGCUGCGUCGUCAAGGGUCUGAGACAACCAAGAAAUGACAGGGGUGUUGAUUGGUUGGCGGCGAUCAUGAUGGCACUUGGCGAAAACUCUUCUAACGGACACCGACGUUUGUCCGAUUCUAGAGUACGAUUGCUCCAGUGGUUUUGCUAGAACGGUGGGGUACUGCAGGGAUUUGAACCCUUGAAGCGGUACCUAGUAAGUCUCCCAUCCAGACCGUGAAGUUCAACGCUAAUUGGCCAUAUGAG